GAUGACUGGUAUAAAAGGUGAAGUUUGGGAGCAAAUCAACAAAUCGUCCUCUAGGACUUUGAAGAGACACACAUUUGAUCAAGGAAAUCAGCAUCAUUUUUUGCAGAACAUGGCUGACUAUGACCUGGUUCUGAAGUGCUGGGGUCCAGUGGAGGCUGACUACACUGCACAUGGAGGAGAGGUCCUCUCACGCUUAUUCAAGGAGCAUCCUGAUACCCAGAAGCUUUUUCCUAAAUUUGUUGGCAUUGCUGCGGGUGAUCUGGCCGGCAAUGCAGCUGUUGCUGCUCAUGGCGCCACUGUGUUGAAGAAACUAGGAGAUCUACUGAAAGCCAAAGGUUCCCAUGCUGACAUCCUCAAACCUCUGGCCACCACACAUGCUAAUAACCACAAAAUUCCUCUGAAUAACUUCAAGCUGAUCACUGAGGUGAUAGCCAAAGUGAUGUGUGAAAAGGCUGGUCUGGACGCUGUUGGUCAAGACGCACUGAGGAAAGUCAUGGGUGUUGUCAUCAAUGACAUUGACGCCUUCUACAAAGAGCUGGGCUACGCUGGAUGAAACCACCAAGCAAACACCCAGUGCCCCUGAGACGGAAAGCGGUGUGACUGGGGUUAAUACAUCUGAUUGUAAAACAGCAUACUUUCUCAUUGCAAUGAAGUCAAAUCUUAGAUAAAACUGGUAAUCAUAAACACACAUAGUACUAACAACUUUUGUCGCUUUGGAGAAAAGUGUCUGCUAAGUAAACAUAAACAUAAACAUAAACACAAACAUAAAUUCUGUAUCAAAGUGAUUUGGAGGUAGACAAAACUUAAACACAACUACUGAUAUUAAGUGCAUCACUUUUAACAUCAAUAUUCUGUCUAUUCAGAUGUUAUACUACUAUUUGUAAUCUAACAGUAGAGUUGACAAGUCUGAAUAUGUUGUGCUUAUACCGUUUCCAAAUAAACCUUUAAUCAGCAACUAUGAA